AUGACGAAAUUGCAUUUGAGAAGAAUCAUUCAGCCGUUGGGCGGCGGAAAUUUGGCACAACCAAUUGCUGAAAAAGAUAGGCAUAAAUUAUUGAUUUUGUGAGUUUUUUAGGGGGAAAAAUUGGGUUUUUCACUGAAAAAAAAUGUUAAAAUUGUUUUUUUAACAUCGAAAAAUCAAUUCACGAAAAGUCAUAGGUCAAAAUUGAUUUUCCAAGGUUUUUCAGUCAAAAAUGAUGACAAAUCGAGAUUUUUAAGCUUUUGGGGUGAUUUCUGAUGAAAAUAAGCUUCGAUAAUCCUACAUCAGAAUUUGAAUUUUUUUUUAUUUUACGAAAAAUCAGCAAAAACUUCUGACAAGGGGACCUUUUUUACUCAACACUUAAAAUCAUGAUGAAAUUUGGUCCAUGGACAGCUUUUGGGACCAUAAGAACACCCUAAAAAUUUUAGUCUCCCAAUGGACCUCUGAGCCAAGUUCUGGGCUCUCAAAAGUUCAAAAAAGGCCUAAAAAUGGUCAUAAAAGUCAUCAUAUCUCAGGAAAAAAUUAGCGACGGUGCCGCGACUUUUUGACGUUUUGCGAUGGUACCGGUACCUUUUUGCCUUGGUACCGAACCCUUUUGCACUUUGGACUGGUACCGAACCAGUUCGGUACCCGUGCGAAAUUUUCAAGAGUGAUUAUCAAACAAAAUGGGUAAUGCACUGGUACCGAACUAAAGUUUCGCUCUUGUGCAAAAAAAAACUUAGCGAUUUUCUGAGUGCGGUGUGUCGUAAUCGACUGAAACGAAAAAAGUUGAGAAACCUUUUAAAUUUUCACAUAAUUUUUGAAAAAAUAUAUUUCUUCGAAUGUCUAGCGGCAUACUACGCCCGUAUCAGUUAAUUUUCAUCAUAGUUUUCUCAUUUCUACUUUUGCAGCUUUUGCGCCGUAAAAAAGAGAAAAACUAGAAAUUUGAAGAAUGAAGAAUGAAAAAAAAUGUGCUAUUUUCCAUUGAAAAGUAAAAUUGUGAUAUGUAUUUCGCUAUUUUCCUAUGGAAAUGUGAAAAUUCAACAUCAAAUUCAUCUAUCGUCAAUUCCAAUAGGAAAAUACGUCUGUCCUCAAUGCUGAAAAUUCAUGAAAAUUCAUAUGUGCCCCUGCUCAUUCUUUUUUUCAAAAUCAAAAUUUUUUCUAAAAAUUUGAUUUAUUGAUGCUUUUUGGGUAAAUCGACCACGCUGAUCAUCAUCUGCUACUCAGUUUUUGAUAAAAAUUAUCGAAAAUUGAGUUAUGACGUGUUUUAUGAGCCAAUUUUGGCAAUUUUCGAACUUUUGAGAGCCCAGAACUUGGCUCAGAGGUCCAUUGGGAGACUAAAAUUUUUAGGGUGUUCUUAUGACCCCAAAAGCUAUCUAUGGACAAAAUUUCAUCAAGAUUUGAAGUGUUGAGUAAAAAAGGUUUCCUUGUGAAGCUCAAUUUUCAUCAGAAAUCACACCAGAAGCUUCAAAAAUCUCGAUUUGUCAUCAUUUUUGGCUGAAAAACUCGAAAAACUAAUUUUGACCUAUGAAUUUUCGUGAAUUGAUCUUUCGACGUUAAAAAAAACAUUUUUCUGUCCAAAAUCAACGAAUUUUUGUCCAUUCAGACUUCACGGAAAAACCCGAUUCGGUCGUAACAUUGGUGAAAACGAAGUGUUGCUCAUUUCGGGACCCUCAAAAGCUCCAUCUCAGCAGUUUUUUGAGAGGAAAAUCGAGCCCGCUGCUAAAACAGAAGAGCGCAAUUUGAUCUCACGAACACAUGCUGGAAUUUUGGAGUUGAGCGAUGAGAAUGGCGAAUCGGUUUAUGUUGUUGAGGAUUUGUCGUUGAAUGGAACUUAUGUUAAUGAUAUUAGGGUUUUGGUGAGUUGGAGAUUGGGAAAAAUGGAUUUUUUAUGUUAUUUUGGUCUAGGCUAUAGUCAUUUUUAUGAAAAAUUUGGGUUUUUGGGAGUUUAGUGUCCAAUUGCUGCUCAUUGAGAGUCUCUGUGACUAGGUAACGCGCCUUGAAAUCCUAGGUGUCUAGGACUCGUGCCUUGUAACUCCAUACGUCAAGUAGCCGAGCCUAGAGAACCUAAUUGUCUAGGAUCCGUGCCUUGAUACCCCCAGGUCAAGCAGUCAAGCCUAGAAAGCCUUGUUGUUAAGUAGCUGAGCCUUGAGAACAUAUUUUUCUAUGACUCGCGCCUUGAGACCCAUAUGUCAAGCAGCCCAGCCUAGAAAGCCUAGUUGCCAAGUAGCUGCUCUUUGAGAGACCCUGUGACUAGGUGAGGUGCCUUGAUAUCCUCUAUAUCAAGCAGUCAAGCCUAGAAGGUCUUGUUGUUAAGUAGCCGAUCCUAGAGAACAUAUUUGUCUAGGACUCGCGCCUAGAGAACCUCAUUGUCUAGGACUCGCGCCUUGAGGCCAUAUUUUUCUAGGACUCGCGCUUUGAAAACCUAAUUGUAUAGGACCCGCUCCUUGAGAGCCUCUAUGUCAAGUAGCCGAGCCUAGAAGACCUAGGUGUCAAGUAGCCAAGCCUAGAAGGCCUUGUUGUUAAGUAGCUGCUCCUAGAGAACAUAUUUGUCUCGGACCAGCGCCUAGAGAAACUAAUUGUCUAGGACCCGCUCCUUGAAAUCCUAUGUGGCUAGGUACAACGCCUUGAAACCUGCUUCAGCUAAAACACGUGGAUUUUUCACCUGGAAAUUAUACAAAAUUGGGUGUUUUUUCAUGACUAAUCACAAUAUUUCACCUGAAAAUCCCCGAAAACCCAAUUGUUUCUCACCCAUCAAAAAUUAUAAUACAAAUACGAAUAAAUUUUCACAUUUCACUAGCUCACAAAAAAAAUUAGACACGCGACACAAAAAUUGUGUGUGCCACGAAACAUGCAAUUUUUUUCGUACUUUCUAAUUAAAAUCUACUCACAUUUCUUUUUUUUGUCGUGUGAGUAUUUGUAUAGAAAAAAAAAAGAAUUAUAUCGACUUGGACUACUGUAGGUUUUGAGCAGCGAGCAGGUGCAAAAAUGAAAUAUGUACUUUUCGACUAAUAAAUCUUAUGGAAGUUUCAAAAUCUUGCGCUUUUUGUUGGGAAACUUGAGAAAAAUGGGUUUAGAAAUUUAUUCUGUGCUCAUUUUUUGACUGAAAAAUCGGAAAUUUUUGGAUAAAAAUGACUCAGGAGCUGAUUUUCAACACAAAAAUUUGACUGAAAAUUAAUUCUGGGUUCAUCCUAAGACUCGAAAAUCUCAAAAUUUGCUAGAAAAUGACCAUUUUCAGCCAAAUUUUCAGAUUUCAAGCCUAAUAUCCUGUUCCCUCACAGUCUUUUACAAUAUUACUUUUUUUCCUCAAAGUAAACAUUGUCUUCUCAAUUAUUAAUUGCUCAGCAAUUAAUAAUUGCUGUGUGAAACAUUUUUCCUAUGUUUACUAAAAAAAGUAUUAAAAAAUUACACCCAAGAAAAUUGUUGUGAGAAACUCUUGUUGUAAUUUUUGUGAGAAACUUUCCUUGUAAUUUUUUUGUUUUUGCAGAAAAAACGGACAGCUUUCUCUUCGGAUUGGUCCCUGACACGGAUUACUGAAGGAGAUAUCAUCAAAUUUGGACAUAUGAAUGGGGCUGCGAAUUCGCGUGAGUUUUUUUUGCGGCUGGAAAUUUGAGGGGGCUGAAAAUUGGAUAAGAAAUAUAUACUUUACGAUUUUUUUCGUAUCUCAAGGUUUUCGGAGCAUAAAAUUGUAGUUUUUAGCCUCAGGAUUAGAGAAAUUAUGGAUUUUCUGUAUAGUUUUGAAGGCAGAAUUUGAAAAAUCUGAAAUUCCAGCCUAAGUUCAUGUUUUUGAGCUUCCAUGGCAAGUACUCGAUUUUCAGGGCCUAAAAAGUUUAUUUAGAGCUCUUGUUGUCAAGUAGCCGAGCCUUGAAUACCUAAUUGUCUAGGAGCCGCGCCUUGAGAACCACUGUGGCAAGGGGCCGCGCCUUGAGAGAUUCUAUUGUCAAGUAGCAGAGCCUAUACACCUUAAUUCUCAAGUAGCCGCGCCUAGAGAACCUACUUCUUAAGUAGACGCGCCUAGAGAGCUCGGUUUUCAAGUAGCUGAGCUUUGAAUACCUAAUUGUCUAGGAGCCGCGCCUGGAGAACCACUAUGGCAAGUAGCAGAGCCUAUAAACCCUAGUUUUCAAGUAGCCGUCCCUUGAGAACCCAGUUUUCAAACAGCCACUCCUUAAGAACCUCAUUGUCUAGGACCCGAGCCUAAAGAGCCCAGUUUUGAAGUAGCCACCCCUUAAGAACCUCAUUGUCUAAGACCCGCGCCUUGAGAGCUUCUAUGGCAAGUAGCCGCGUCUUGAGAUUUCUAGUCGUCAAGCAUCAGUGCCUUCAGAUCCUAGAAAGUAGCAUAUAUCCUAAAAUCCCAUAUUUUCUUCCAGCCGGCGUUCAUGCUCCGCAAGCCAAUUCUGAAUUCACAUUCAUCGUCGAAAAAGCCAAUAUUCAGCACAUAAAUUAUUUGGGUUUCGAAAAAGACGCGGCCGGCAAUUUGAUUGAAACCGCCACCCGAAAACGCCUUUCGGUUUGGAGCCGCCUCUCGACGAUUCGCGAAACUGAAUAUGAUGAAAGUCUUGGUGAACUUCAGCAGCGAGAUCAAGAAGAGGUUCAGGAAAAAAGGCCGGAGGUUGGUGGUUUUUUAACUCUCUUUCCCUUUGUUUUUUGUGGUGGUGGUGGUGGAUUUUUGCUUCUUCUUUUUUUUGGUGGGAAAAAAUUGUGCCAGGAUUGCAUUUUUGUGGCCAGAAAGCUCUGAUUUUGAAUAUUUCAUGCCAGGAUUGCAUUUUUAGGCCAGAAACCUUUGAUUUUUUGCCAGGAUUGCAAUUUUUAGCCAGAAACCUAUGAUUUUGAAUUUUUCAUGCCAGGAUUGCAUUUUUUAGGCCAGAAAUCUCUGAUUUUCAAUAUUUCAUGCCAGGAUUACAUUUUUUAGGCCAGAAACCUUUGAUUUUGAAUAUUUUGUGCCAGGAUUGCAUUCCCCCUUAGGUCCUAAAAAGUUCCCAUGACCUUGAAAGCACCUGAAUUUGUUGAAUUUCUGUUGCGCAACACAAAAGCCUUGGAAUUUCUUUUGUUCAAAAUUCUAUUCAACAAAAUUUCGAUAUACACAGGUGUCUCAAUCGAGAAACUCGGAUCUUGGAACGGUGCCAAGCUCCGCCCCCUUCCUCCCGGUUUAUCACCAUUCGCUGAAGUCUUGCCACGCCCCCGGUUCUCUUGGUGUAUCUCGCGCGCGCUCCUUAGCUCCGCCCCCUAUCGAAACUCAUUUUUCUCGCCUCGCCUCAUACAAAUCACCCCCCGCGUCUCUCUUAUUUUGUUUUUUUUUUGGGAUUUUUUCGUUGGCCUAAAAUUUUUCUGUGACUCAUUUUAUAGAUAUGUUUUAUGGGAUAUUUUUAUGAUUAAAAAAUAUUUUAAAUAUCAAAUUUUGAUCAAAUCGUGUAUUUAGAUUUCGUAAUUCCCUUUUGGCUCCGCCCCUCUCCCCAUUAUUUUUGUUUUUCAUUUCAUUUUAUUUUAUUCGAAAACACUAGCCGUCUUUUAUUUUUCUCCGGCCACAUUUUUAAUCCGGGCACAGAAGAAACUGUGCCCCGGGGUUGCAUAAUCGUUUGGCCUAAAAUUUGGGAUCAUUUGCAAUCCUGGCAUGUUUUUUUUCAAAAAGGCUGGGUUUGAAAACUGUGCCAGGGUUGCGUAGGCCCUAAUUUUGUCUAGGACAAUUUAGGCCUAAAAUUUUCUGAAGCUGGAUUUUUAGAUAGAAUUCUAGAAAAAUUUUGCAAUCCUGGCACACUUUCUCAAAAAAAACUGUGCCAGGGUUGCAAAAAAUUAUUUAGGCUAUUAGUCUGGCGUAAAAUCUUUGUAGCCGGAAGCUUUUUGCAACCCUGGCACGGUUUUUUCUCUCAGAUAUCUGUACAAAAGGGGCGGGGCUUAAACUGCAAGCCUGGCACGGUUUUUUCAUUCUAAAAGGUUUUUCAAAAAGUGGGCCUUGUCUUGCAUUGCUGGCACACGUUUUUUCCAUCAGAAAAAACUAUGCCAGAGUUGCAAAAGGGGCGGGGCCUAAUACAAUCCUGGCACAGUUUUUCCUCUCCAAAUUUUUUUUCAAAAAAAAAACACAAAUUUUUUCUCCAACCGUGUAUCUGACACCUGCGUUUGAUUGAGUUUAUAUAUAAUAACUAAAUUUUGUUUAUGUUGUUUUGUGAGCAAAUCUUUCUUGGAGCACACCGAUGCUCUAAAUUUUCGGGAAAAAAUUUGAAACAUUUUUUAGGUACUCACUCCCCUCUUCUUCCCGAAAUCGGAUGCUCUCCCUCUCUCCCAAUGGAUUUUUUUGUUGUUGUGUUUUUCGCAACUUUUUCGCCCUUUUUUGCUCUCCAUUUUUGUCUAUUUCUCUUGGUCUCUCUCAAUUCUCCAUACUCUCUCACUCAGGUGUCAAAUACACGAAUUUAUAUUCAGAAUUGCUAAAUUCUAUAAUCUUUUCCCCCCUCUCUUUCAUGAGCUCUGAACUAGACAGCUUUGCUCUUUUUUUUUUAUUUGAUUGGAUUUUGUCGGUUCUUCACCAUGACAACCUGAAAUAGUAGUGAUUAGAAUUGGAAUUAUAGCGUCAUUUUUUUUAAAGGGGGGUCUGAAAUUUGCCACGUGGCGGGGGAUUUUUAGCUUUAGGGAAAAAUUUUAAGGAGAUUUUUGAUGAGCUUCAUUUUGAGACCAAAUAUGAAUAGGUUUUGGUGGGCGAAAAAUUAGAAAUUUUUAGCUGAAAUUUGCCACGUGGCACGGGAUUUUUAGCAUUAGGGCAAAACUUUAAGGAGAUUUUUGAUGAGCUUCAUUUUGAAACCAAAUAUAACUAGGAGCUGAUUCACGAACGAAAAAAAAAUGCAUAAAAUGUUGUUUUUUUUAGUUUGUGAAGCUUCAAUUUUCCAGCCUCAAGUUUCAAAAAUUUCAAAAUUUGAAAUUAAAUAAAACCACGUGGUUUUUAGCGCCAAAAUUUCCAAAUUGAACAAUUUUUGAACAGGGCUGGUUCACAAACGAAAAAAAAUGUUUGAAAAUGUUUUUUAACAUUGAAUGAUGAUGAAAAAGUCAAAAAAUGUCGAAAAAAAAUCAAUUUCUCGAGUUUUUUUCAGUCAAAAAUGAUGACAAAUCGAGAUUUUUCAAGGUUUUGAAGUGAUUUCUGAUGAAAAUGAGCUCUAACCUCAUUUUAUUGAUUUUUUCGAAAUUCAUCAAAAUUUGAAAUUUUUACGAAAAAUAAGCAGAAACUUCUGGAGGUCAAUUUUCAUCAGAAAUCACUUCAGAAGCUUUAAAAAUCUCGAUUUGUCAUCAUUUUUGACUGAAAAACCUUGAAAAACUAAUUUUGACCUAUGACUUUUCGUGAAUUGAUUUUUCGAUGUUGAAAAAAUUUUUUUUAAUUUUUCCCGAUUUAAAUUUGGCUGAAACUUGCCACGUGGCUGUGGGAUUUUCGAUAAGCUUUAUUUUGAGACCAAAUAUGAAUGGGUUGAGAAAUAGGUCAGCUAGAAAAAAAAAUCUAUGACAUCUGAAAAUUAUUUUUUAUCUGAAAUUCGGGAUUCUGGCAGAAAAUCAAUAAUUUUUUGGAUCUCAAAAACCCUCCAAACUCGAAUUUCCCCUCAUUUUUUGACGUCGAAAAAAAUCCAAUUUCCUCUCUGUUUUUAAUUUUUUUGUUCACCUUUUUUGUCGCAAUUUUUCGCUGAUUUUUCCCGGUUUCCUCUCAAAUUUUUCAAUGAUUUUCAGAUGCAUCCAAAUCAACAGCACAAUCAAAAUCAUCAGCAAAAUCAGCAGCAACAACAGCAGCAACAUCUACAGCAACAGCAGCAGGCAUUAGUCGCAGUGGCUCUUGCGCAGCAGUUGCAGAAUGCUGCCAGAUCACGAGCGCAGACACCGCAACAACAAGCCUUGGCUCAGCAGCCAUAUCCAGUGAAUCCGAUCGAUUUAAUGCUCUACCAACAACUUCAACAGCAACAGCAGGCUAAUAAUCUUUAUACGGAUAUGAUGAAAGCGAUGUAUAUGCAACAGGCUGCUGCACAAAUGCCGGCGGUGACGCAGGCGAAUAAUGCGGCGGUGGCGGCGGCAGCUGCGGCGGCUGGAUUUGGAGCGAUUGCUGGGUUGGCUAAUAAUUAUCAGCAGGUUGGAUUGGUCAGUUAUUUUUGGGGUGAAAGUUCUUGGGAUACCUGAGAUUUUUGAGAUUCUGUGGUUUUCCAGCUUCAGAAUCAAGUUUCAGAGCUCUUUUUCCCUCAAUUUGAAAUUGAUUGGUUUCAGCUUCAAAAACUGACCAAAUUUUUAAACAAAAUUUGGAAUUCUACCUCUGAUUUGGUUGUUUUUCCAGCUUCAGAAUCGAAGUUUUAGAGCUUUUCCUAGGUUUUAUCUGAAAUUAUUGAAUUUUAGACUAAUUUUGAGAUUUUACCAACUUCAAAUUCAAGUUUCAGAAUUUUCAACAUUAAUUUCAGCCUUAUCAGAUUUUGAAUAACAUUUGGCUCAAACUAAUUUUUAUAUUGAUAAGUUUCAGCUCUAAAACUGUCUGAAAUUAAGGAUACGAUGUUUAGAAGUUUCAGAAUUUAUAAAUUAAAAGGUCAGCCUUAUCAGUUUUUCUAAAAUUGAAUUAGGUCCUACCAGUUUGUUUCUUCAUAAAUUUGUAAAUUUUGAAUUUCAGCUGAAAAAUCUAACUGAAGUUUGAGACAAAAUUUGAGAUUUUUCCACGCGUUUUGGUGUUUUUUCAGCUCUAGAAUCAAGUUUCAGGAUUUUUUGAUCAGUUUUGUAGUCAAAAAUCUAGCUGAAACGAUUUCAGAUGAGUUCUUACUGAAAUUUGAGUUAUCAUAAAUCAAAAAAUCCAAUUAUUUUUAUUUUUAUCCAAUUUCCCCCUUCAAGAAUUGAAUUCUUAGAAUUCCCCUGUUUUGUUUUCAGGUUUUUUAACCUGUACUUUUUUAUUUUUAUUUUUAGAAAUUCAUAAGAAUGGGGGAAUUCAAAAAAAAAAUUCUUUGUUUUAAUUAAUUUUUUCCGACUCAAUGCUCAAAUGAAAUUGUUUAAAAACAUUUUUUGUGUAACUUGAAUCACCCUCAUAAAAAAUUGGAUUUUUCCAGAAUCCUGACAUGCUUCGGAAUCUCCUCACUCAACAAUACGCAGCUCAGCAACCACAACCACCACCACAACCCCAGCAACAGGCAGCGUUGAAUUAUUUGAAUUUGUUCAAUCAGCAGCAACAGAUUCCACCACCACAACCUCAACAACAACCUCAACCACUGGCUCCACAAAUCCAGGCUCAACGAAUUCAGGCGCCACCGAUUCCGAUCGCAGCACCGCCACAAGUUCAGCAGGUUCAACCGGUUCAGCCGAUAGUUCAACAAGCGGCUGUCGCAGUUGCUCCAGUUGAAGUCAUCGCUCCGCCGAAUUCUGGCUAUGGAUUGCUGAUGCCGGUUCAAACAUCGCCGGCGAAUAAUUCGGCGGCGAAUUCGACGCCCAGAUCGACAACAUCGUCGAAUUCCUCAUCGACACAUGAGACACCGCAUCCAACAGAUCCGGAUAUCAAUCAGGAACAGGGACCUUCGAAAACUCCGCCGGUUGAAUGUGAUAGUUCGGUCCCAAGUCCGCCGAAGCAGACACCACAGGCUGCAAUUCCGUCAACAUCUACAGCUGCUGAGAUCGAGAUCAAGCCGGCUCCAGUUCAGGUUCAAGAAGAGGUUGAGAGGAAUGAAGUACCGUGGACACCGCCAUCACCAGCUGAAGAGGUAAGAAUUUCUCGGGAUUUAUAAGAACUUCUGAUAGAGAUCUGUGAAUUUCAGUUGGAAGUUCUAGAAAAUCUGAAAUUUCAGCUACAAAUUCUCUUGGGAUUUUCAAGUUUUGAGAUCUGAAAAUUAGAAUUUUUGAAUUUCCGAACUGCAUUUUUGAAAUAUUUCAGCUUCUGAUUUUUUUUUUUUGAAUUUCUCCCUGAAAUUUUCCAAAAAUUUGCUUUUUUUUUGAAAAAGCUCAGCUUUUGAUUUUUCGAAAUUUACAAGUUUUUGAAUCUGAAAAUAAAAAAAUUUUGAAUUUUUGCCUGAAAUUGUCCAAAAACUGAAUUUAUCAGAACUUCUGACAGAAUUCUGUGAAUUUCAGUUGAAAAUUCUAGAAAAUUCAAAUUCCAGAAAUUUUAGCUUCUGAAUUUUUCUGAAACCUGAAAAUAAGAAUUUUUGAAGUUCUUCCUGAAAUUGUCCGAAAAAUUUGCAUUUUUAAAAAUUUUCAGCUUCUGAAUUUCUUGGGAUUUUCCAGUUUUGAGAUCUGCAAAUUAGAAUUUUUGAAUUUCUCUCUGAAAUUAUUCGAGAAUCUGAAAUUUCAGUUUCUGAAUUUCUCGGGAUUUUCAAGAUUUGAGAUCUGAAAAUAAGAAUUUUCCCUGAAAUUGUUCGAGAAUCUGAAUUUAUAAGAACUUCUGACAGAGAAUUCUUUGAAUUUCAGAAUUCUAGGCAAUUUACAUUUCUGAAAUUUCAGCUUUUGAAUUUUUCAAAAUUUUAAAGUUUUGAACCUGAAAAACAAAAAAAUAUGUGAAUUUUUUUUGAUCUCUCAGAAUUUACAAAUUUUGAAAUUUGUCUGAAAAGAAAAAAUUACGACCGAAUUCUGUCAAAUUUCAGUUGAAAAUUCCUCGAAAACUGCAUUUUUUUAAAUUUCAGCUUCUGAAUUUCUCGAGAUUUUCAAGUUUUGAGAUCUGAACUUAAGAAUUUUUCAUUUUUUUCCCUGAAAUCGUCCAAAAAUUUGCAUUUUUAAAAUUUUUCAAGUUUUCAAAUCUAUGAAUUUCAGCUGAAAAUUCUAGAAAAUACCCUGAAAUUCCCAAAAUUCCACGUCAUUUCCUAUUUUUCAGUCUGUUGUCCAAGAAGAAGAAGAUGUGGUUAUCGAUCAAGUUGUCAGAAUUGUGGAGCCAGUUCAACAAGAAAUCCAGCCCAAAAUUGAGCCGGAAGAGGAAGAAGCUGAAGAGCAAGUUCCAGCUCAGAAUCAGGAACCAGCCGAACAACAACAAGAAGAGCCAGAAGAAGAAGAAGCUGGACCAUCAACAUCUUCUGCUCCAGCUCCAGCUGAAGUUCCAGCUGAAAUUCCAGUUCCAGCUGCUUCCCCGGAUUUAGCCGGACCCUCAACAUCAAGUGGAAUUGGAAAGAAGAGAAAGCGAACGAAUGAGCUGAAUAAUUUGUUGAAGGAUUUCCCGAGUAGUUUUUCGACGACGAGUUCGAAGAGUGGAAGAAGACAGACUGAGGAUGCUUUGGUUGAGAAAAUGGCGAAGAAGGAAAAGAAAAAGGUAAUAUUUGAAGUUUGAAGGUGGAUUUUUCUGGAAGCUUCUCAAACUGUUGAUUUUAAAGUUUCAGUGAAACACCGUGUAAAAUGGUAGUUUGAAAAGCUUAUAGAAAAAAUCCCGAUUUUCUUCAAUUCUGAGGAUUCUGUAUUCAAAAAGAGCGAUGCGCCUUUAAAUUUAGAAAUAUACCGUAUCUCUUCUAUUGUUGAAGGUCUCGCCACGAUGAAAUUUUCAUGAAAAAUUAGGCUGAAAUUCUGAAACUGCUAGAUUUUUCUCGAAGAGAAAUUUCAAAUUUUUGUGCCAACUUCAAUUUUAAAAAAUUGAGAAGCUUCAGAAAUAUGAAUUUUUAAGAAAUUUCCGAACUUCUGCAUUUCAGAACUAUGAAUUUCUCAAAAUUUCUGAUUUUUUGAAUUUUUGAACCUUAAAAUACCCUUAAAAACGUUAGCCAAAAAUAUUCAAAUUUUUAGAUUUUCCUCGAAAUUCCUCUUUUUUACUUGAGCUUGGAAAUCUCAAAUUUUUGUUCCAAAUUUGAUUUUUGAAGCUUUAGAAUUUUUCAAAAUGUUCUGAAUUUCUAAAGUAUUUUUUCUAGAGAAGUCUCGAAUUUUUUAAAAUUUUUGUGACGAAUCCAAAAAAAUGUCCAAAAACAUUACCAAAUUCUGAAUCCUCUGGGGCCUAAAAUCUCAGAUCCGAACCUAAAUUUUCCAGAGAGAAAAAGCUGCCGCCGAAGCUCUUCUUCGCCAACAACAAGCAUCGGAUAAGAGUGGAAGUUCCUCUUCCUCAACAUCUACAACAACUCGCAAAAAGCCAAUGUCACAAUUGAGUGAUAGUAGUGUUUCGACUUCUGACGAUGAUGAAACAACUUCGAAGACUGCUGCUGGAAAUGGAAAUUUGAAGAAAUCAGCUUCAGCUUCAGCUUCAUCUCCAGCCAAAAAACGGCGACGAAAUGAGGAGGAAGAUGAUGAGGAUGAAGAAGAGGAGGAACAAUCUGAUGAUGAGCCAAUUGUUGCUCAGCCAAUUGCAAAACCAAAACGAGUUGUCACAACUGCUUCAGGAAUCCGUAUAAAUAUGGCGAAAUUGGUGAGACAAAAGAAGUUGGAGAAGAAGAAGAAGGAUGCGAGAGAGGGAAAAUUGAAUGUGAAAGGUGAACGAAUUGAUGGACAAGUUGAGGAGAAUAAUGUGGAGGAUGAGGAAAUUGAAGAGGAACAAGAAGAGGAGGAGGAAGAGGAGGAAAGACCGACAAGAGGAAGGAAACGGGGAGGAAAGGUGAGGAAAAUUAUGAAUUUUGAGACUAGAUUGAUGAAUUUCGGGCUGAAACUUGAAAAUUCAGAGAAAAUUAAUGUUUUUCCUAGGUAAUUUUAUGAUUUUCGCCCUGAAAAUCUACGGAAAAUUUAGAAAAAUCAAGUGCUUUUCCUCGGUAAUUUUAUGAAUUUUAAGCUGAAAAUCUUUAAAUUUGCAAUUUUUGAACUCAGGAAAAAUUCCCAAUCAAUUUUUAAAGCAUUGCUCAGGUUAGAGGCGAAAAUUGAGGAUUUUCAGAAGCAUUGCUCAGGUUAAUAUCCCAAAAUUCUUCAGGAAUCUAAAAUUUUUCUGAAAAUCAGAUCAUCCAAUUUUAUUUUCUAUCCAGAAAAUUCUACGUUUCAAAAUAUUGUGAAUUUUAAUAUUUUUAUUGGCUGGACAAUUGAAAAGCUGGAAUUACAAAAAAUUUCGAUUCAGAAAAUUUAUAUUUUUUCCACACGAAAAUGAAGAAAAAAAAUAGAUAAAAAAACUAGUUUUUCGACAUUUACUGGAAAUUUUUUGUAAAAAAUGUUUUUUAUUAAUUUGUUUUCGAUUUGAAUCAUCCCAGCUUUUGCUCAAAAAUUUUUGAAAAUUUUCAACAAUGGGUGAAAUUAUUGUCCAGCCAAUAGAAAUAUUAAAAUUCACAAUAUUUUGAAACGUAGAAUUUCCUGGUAAAAACAUGAUUUUCAGAUUUGCUCAAGCUGAAAUGCCUGAAAAUUGGUUCAAAAAUUCAGGACUGCAAAAAAUUUGGAUGAUGUGGUUUUCAGAAAAAAAUUUAGACCAUGAAGAAUUUUGGGAUUAUAACCUGAGCAAUGCUUUUGAAAAUUCAGAAUUUCUCCUACAUAUAAUCUGAGCAAUGCUUUUUAAAUAAAGAAAAUAUUUUUUCCACACAAAAAUGAAAAAAAAUAGGAAACAAAAUAGUUUUUUGACAUUUCCUGAAUCGAAAUUUUUUGUGAAAAAAAAAAUUUUUUUAUUUAAUUUUUACCUAUUUUCAACAUAAUUCAUUCCAAAUCUGAAAAUCAUGUUUUUUAACCCAAAGAUGGUUCACAAUAUUGUGAAUUUUUAUCCCAUCAAUGAAAAUUUCCAAAAAAAGUCCUGUUUCCAACAAAAAUCUCAAAUCCAAAUAUUUUUUUGCAGCCCAAAAAGAAGACAAAUGCCGAUCUCGACGCGUGCGGCCUUUUCAAUCGUUGCAAAGUCGGAGUGGACGCGGAAACCGUUCAAUGGGUUCAAUGUGACGAUUGUUCACAAUGGUGGCAUAAUAUUUGUCGAUUUGGCAACAAUGAACACUACACAAAAUCCACAUUUUCCUGCUGUCCUCAACCAACCACCGCCAGCACCUCAAAAACCACCAAAAAGAGCCGCUAA